AUGCAUCUCGGACCGCCAGGACUACCCUCCUCCCGCUCCGCCAGCACUCCCUCUUUUCCUCCUCCAGGAUCUGGCAAGGUAGCAGUCUCCGGAUUGCAGAACCCUGACCCGGGACCUAGUUCGGGCCGGAGGAGCGGGACAGCCAUGAGCAACGACGAGAGCUGGGAUGAGGGAGAUUAUGAUAUUCGAGGGGAAGAUGGAGGCGAUCAGCCUUGGGGAAUGCCUCAGGAUCAGUACAAAGCUCUCAAUCCGACCGCCAAAAAGCAAGUGCGGAACAGGAUCGGUGCACGGCGAUUCCGGGCAAAACGGAAGGAUUACGUCGCUGCUCUCGAAAGACAGGCGUCGCAAGCCCGAGAACAGUUGAAUCGAUGUCAUUCCCAGAUUCAAGCUUAUCGUGACGAGAUCAACACGCUUCGAGCUCGCCUCGGGGCCGAUCCGUUGCCAGAAAUAGACCUAUCUCAAGCCAACGCUCUUGGGCUGAGGAGGAGUCCGCAGUCAUAG